GCGACCCCUGCGCCGCGCCGCGAUGAGCCGGGGGCUCUGGCUGCUGCUGGGCGCCGCGCUGCUCUGCGGCCACGGGGUUUUCUGCCGCCGCGUGGUCAGCGGCCAAAAGGUGUGCUUCGCUGACCUCAAGCAUCCCUGCUACAAAAUGGCCUACUUCCAUGAACUGUCCAGCCGAGUGAGCUUCCAGGAGGCACGCCUGGCUUGUGAGAGUGAGGGGGGAGCCCUUCUCAGCUUGGACAAUGAAGCAGAACAGAAGUUAAUAGAAAGUAUGUUGCAAAACCUGACAAAACCAGGAACGGGGAUUUCUGAUGGUGAUUUCUGGAUAGGGCUUUGGAGAAAUGGAGAGGGCCAAACAUCUGGUGCCUGCCCAGAUCUCUACCAGUGGUCUGAUGGAAGCAGUUCCCAGUACCGAAACUGGUAUACUGAUGAACCUUCCUGUGGAAGUGAAAAGUGUGUUGUGAUGUAUCAUCAGCCAACAGCCAAUCCAGGUCUUGGCGGUCCCUACCUUUACCAGUGGAAUGAUGACAGGUGCAACAUGAAGCACAAUUACAUCUGCAAGUAUGAACCAGAGAUUAAUCCAACUUCUCCUAUAGAAAAGACUUAUUUUACAAAUCAACCAGGAGAUACCCAUCAAAAUGUGGUUGUUACUGAAGCAGGCAUAAUUCCCAAUCUAAUUUAUGUUGUUAUACCAACAAUCCCACUGCUUUUAUUGAUCCUGGUUGCUUUUGGAACUUGCUGUUUCCAGAUGCUGCAUAAAAGUAAAGGAAGAACAAAAACUAGCCCAACCCAGUCCACAUUGUGGAUUUCAAAAAGCACCAGAAAAGAAAGUGGCAUGGAAGUAUAAUAAUUCACUGACUUGCUCCAAAACAGAAAAUAAAAUAGUCAAAUUCUGGAUCUGCAUCAGGAAUGGCAGGCAUCAGAACAUUAGCUUGGAAUGGCUUGAAAUC